UGUUAGGCCCGAGAAAGUGUGAAGUGUGUGCGUGCAUUUGUCGUGGUCGUGGACACAUAUUUCUAAUUUUUUAUUUUUUUCUACAUAAAAAAAUAUCAAAUUUAUAUGUACAUUAGUAGCCUUUUGUUCCUUCGAUUCGAAUAUAUAUAAUUUUUUGGGUGUUUUUUUUCCUCUUGAUUCGCAAUAUUUAUUUCGUGCAAGGAAAAAUUGUUACUUGACGUCAGUUUAAUGCUGAAAGUGUUCGGACGAUAAAGAAAGCGAAAAAAAAAUAAAUAAUGAAAAAUAGUCGCGUAAUAUAAACUGUCGUUCAAUUGCAAUUCCAAUUUGUCGUCUUUGAAUACCACAAAAUAUUUACCGACAAACAAACCGAGAGGAAUAAAAAAAAGAAAUAAUUAUUUGAUGUACAUACGUACGCAAAUAAUAUUAUAAUCAGACGAACAGAAAUUCAACAAAAUUCGACCAUCAUCGUUGAUAUCAUCGUUUUGUUCGGUAGUUUUUUUCUCGAUACAUAAAUAUUUAUUUUUCGUUCGUUUUUAUUUUGCCGUGUUUUGUUUGUGACCACACGAGAACUUAAUUCUUCCUGUUUUAAAUAACAAAAGAAUAUAUUCUGAAUAUAUUCGCAUUCGAGAGCAAAAUAUUCUAAUACUCUCUGUAAGAACUGCCAAAACCUCAGAUCGAGAAAGAGAGAAACAGAAAAAAAGCCAACGUAACCAACAUGAUUUGUGGUGCAAAGUGAAGUUGGAAGAGAAAAUUUCUUCGUGAAGUGUUUCUAAUCGGAAAAAAAGAAGAAGAAAAAGAAUUUCAAGAAGAGAAGAAGAAAAAAAAAUAUUGUAUCUGAGGAAACAUUAAAUAUAUAAUAUUAUAAAAUACUAUAACAUCAACAAUAAUAACAACAAAAACAACAAUAAUAACAACAACUUUGUGGAGUUGCUGCUGCCAGUUGUAAUUAGUACGACUCUUUUUUUAUUCAUCGUAUUCAACCCAAUCAAAUUGUGUACAGAAAUUUCGCACUCGAACGCGCAUUCAUCGUUCGAGUUCCUAAAAUUUUAAAAAAUUACUUCAAAUUUUUUAAAUAUUAAUAUUAGACAAAAUAUAGAAAUACUCAAACAUAAUAAAUGGCCACUAUAGAUGGGCGACCUACACAAUAUGGUGUAUCUCUCAAGACUCUGCGGGAGCUCAUGGAGCACCGUGGACGCGAAGGUAUUGCCCGGAUAAAUGAAGUAGGUGGUGUACAGGAAUUAUGUAAAAAAUUAUAUACCUCACCAAAUGAAGGCUUAAGUGGUUCACGUGCCGAUAUUGAACAUAGGCGAGAAACAUUUGGUUCAAAUACAAUACCACCGAAACCACCGAAAACCUUCUUACAGUUAGUAUGGGAAGCCUUGCAAGAUGUGACACUUAUUAUUUUAGAAGUAGCAGCCCUAGUAUCCCUUGGUUUGUCUUUUUAUUCACCGAAAGAAGAAGAAACACCCGUUAAAAAAGGUCAAGAAGAAGAUGAAGGCCACGGUUGGAUUGAAGGCUUAGCCAUAUUAAUAUCCGUCAUAGUUGUUGUUAUUGUAACUGCGUUCAAUGAUUAUUCCAAAGAACGACAAUUUCGGGGUCUACAAAACCGUAUUGAAGGCGAACACAAGUUUUCGGUCAUACGUAAUGGUGAAGCAAAAAAUAUAUCGGUAGGGGACAUCGUCGUUGGUGAUAUAUGUCAAAUAAAGUACGGCGAUCUCUUACCGGCCGAUGGUAUAUUGAUCCAAAGUAAUGACUUGAAGGUGGACGAAUCGUCGCUGACUGGUGAAUCAGAUCAUGUAAAAAAGGGCGAGGCAUUCGAUCCGAUGGUUCUAUCAGGAACACAUGUUAUGGAGGGAAGCGGUAAAAUUGUUGUUACAGCCGUCGGUGUCAAUUCGCAGGCCGGUAUUAUAUUCACAUUAUUAGGUGCUGCCGUUGAUCAACAAGAAGCCGAAAUUCGUAAAAUGAAGAAAGAAGCUAAAAAGCAGAGGAAGAAGAAAAGUUUAACAACAGAUGGUGAAGUACCAACAAACAUAACAAGUAACAGCCACGGAAGUGUUCCAGCACCAGCGCCAACUCACAUCAAAGAAGCGAACAAUGAUUCGGUCGAAAAUCAUGUGGAUGGCAAUGCGACUGGCACCGGAACUGAGUCAGCUCCACCACCAUCUGCUCACAAAAAAGAGAAAUCCGUGUUACAAGCAAAACUUACGAAACUCGCCAUUCAAAUUGGUUAUGCCGGUUCAACGAUAGCUGUUUUAACUGUCCUCAUUCUGGUCAUUCAGUUCUGUGUUUCAACAUUCUUGAUUCAGGAGGAGAAAUGGCACAGUAAAUAUGUGAGCCAACUGGUGAAAUAUUUAAUUAUUGGUGUCACUGUUCUGGUUGUCGCCGUACCCGAAGGAUUGCCUUUAGCCGUUACUCUGUCGCUAGCUUAUUCAGUAAAGAAAAUGAUGAAAGAUAAUAACCUUGUGCGUCACUUGGAUGCUUGUGAAACGAUGGGUAAUGCAACUGCCAUUUGCUCUGACAAAACUGGAACCUUAACUACAAAUCGAAUGACGGUUGUACAAUCGUAUAUUUGUGAAAAGCUUUGCAAAGUUGUACCAAAAUUUUCUGACAUACCAUCACACAUUGGUAAUAUGCUGAUUCAGGGCAUCUCUGUGAAUUCAGCGUACACAUCUCGUUUGAUGACAUCACAGACAAAUCCCAGUGAGCCAUUCACACAAGUCGGUAACAAAACCGAAUGCGCUUUGUUGGGCUUCGUACAAGGCUUGGGCAUGAGCUAUCAAUCAAUUCGUGACGAAAUCACCGAAGAUAAAUUCACUCGAGUUUACACAUUCAACUCAGUUCGAAAGUCAAUGAGCACAGUCAUACCAAAACCAGAUGGCGGCUAUCGUCUUUACACUAAAGGUGCAUCAGAAAUGGUACUCAAAAAAUGCGCAUUUAUAUACGGUCAUGAUGGCGUUUUAGAGAAAUUUACACGCGAUAUGCAAGAAAGAUUAUUACAUCAAGUUAUUGAACCAAUGGCUUGCGAUGGUUUGCGUACCAUUUCGGUUGCGUAUCGUGAUUUUGUUCCAGGAAAAGCGGCUAUAAACGAAGUACAUAUUGACAACGAGCCUAACUGGGAAGAUGAAGAGAAUAUCGUGAACAAUUUGACAUGUUUGUGUGUGGUGGGAAUUGAAGAUCCUGUUCGUCCAGAGGUACCCGAUGCAAUUCGUCGUUGUCAAAAGGCCGGCAUCACUGUUCGUAUGGUUACUGGUGACAACAUCAAUACCGCCCGUUCGAUUGCGGCAAAAUGUGGAAUUGUUAAACCGAACGAAGACUUCCUCAUUUUGGAGGGCAAAGAAUUUAACCGUCGUGUUCGCGAUAGCAACGGCGAUGUUCAACAACAUUUACUGGAUAAAGUAUGGCCGAAAUUGCGUGUACUCGCUCGAAGUUCGCCAACCGAUAAAUAUACUCUAGUCAAAGGUAUUAUUGAUAGCAAGAUAAGCGAGAAUCGUGAAGUGGUUGCAGUUACAGGCGACGGCACCAACGAUGGACCUGCAUUGAAAAAAGCCGACGUUGGCUUUGCUAUGGGAAUUGCCGGCACUGAUGUGGCAAAAGAAGCUUCCGAUAUUAUUUUAACCGAUGAUAACUUCAGCAGUAUUGUAAAGGCCGUCAUGUGGGGUCGUAAUGUGUACGAUUCAAUCGCCAAAUUCUUGCAAUUUCAGUUGACCGUUAAUGUUGUUGCAGUUAUUGUUGCUUUUAUUGGUGCUUGCGCGGUACAAGACUCACCAUUGAAGGCUGUUCAAAUGUUAUGGGUUAAUUUGAUCAUGGACACUCUUGCGUCUUUGGCAUUAGCAACCGAAUUACCAACACCCGAUCUAUUACUGCGCAAACCAUAUGGCCGAACAAAACCACUUAUAUCACGCACAAUGAUGAAAAACAUUAUAGGUCAAGCCCUAUAUCAAUUGGGAAUCAUAUUUUCAUUGCUUUUCAUUGGUGACAAGAUCUUAGAUAUUCCAUCUGGCCAUGGUGAACCACCGACACAACAUUUCACUAUUAUUUUCAAUUCAUUUGUAUUGAUGACGUUGUUCAAUGAAUUUAAUGCGAGGAAAAUUCACGGACAACGAAAUGUAUUCGAAGGAGUAUUCACAAAUCCGAUUUUCUACACGAUUUGGAUCUUCACCUGCAUUGCACAGGUGGUAAUCAUCCAAUACGGAAAAAUGGCAUUCUCCACAAAAGAACUAACACUAGAACAAUGGCUAUGGUGUUUGUUCUUCGGCGUUGGCACCUUAUUAUGGGGCCAAUUAGUAACUACAAUACCGACAAGAAAACUACCUAAACUUUUAUCAUGGGGCCGAGGUCAUCCAGAACAAUAUACCGAGGCUAUUGGUAAUCUUGGCGAUGAACGAUUCGACUCAUUAGAUUCCGAUAAGAAACCAAGAGCCGGACAAAUUUUAUGGAUUCGAGGUUUAACAAGAUUACAAACUCAGCUUCGCGUAAUACGGGCUUUUCGUUCAACCCUCGAAGAUUUAGAAGAACGACGAUCCGUGCACAGUUUGCACAGCUUGCGUAGCUUACGUUCGCAGUUAAAUCCUAAUAUGGCAUAUUUUAACAUUGGCACACAAAAAAAUCUAUCACCGCUUGCAGCAUAUCAACAGUAUCAACAGCAAUUAUUGCAACGAGACUCGCAAUCGGCGGCUGUGGCAAUGUCGUCAAAUUUACCUGAUAUGUCAUUUAUUGACGAAGACAACGUCACCACUGAAAACGGUGGUCGUGGCGGACAAAGAUAUAAUGAGGAUCUACCGCGACCCGUUCAUGAAACACGCAUUUAAAACAUUUUUUUUUUUAAAAAAAGAAGACACAAACAAAUAUAGAGAAACUACUUUCUUUCAGUAGAUAAGAAUUUGUUAGGCGUGAAUUAGAAUCACCCUUCCUCCAGAAUUCGACAUUUUUGCGCACAUUUAAAUCGCACUCUUAUUUUCAUCGUUUUUCUUUUCGUUUUUUUUUCGUUUGUUCCAGAGAAAAUAAAAAAAAUCACUAUAUGAUUCCAUCUUGAAAUACGCACACAUUCAAAAUACUCGAUUUUUUGCGGCAUAGUUAUUGUCAACAAUCCCGAAACGAAAAAAAUAAUAUGAAGACGAAAAAAAAAUCACAUAUACACCCACACCCAAAACACACGUAAAAUAUACACACAUGUUUCGUUUGUUGUCUCUGAGAAAUAAUGCGAAAAACGAAAAAAAACUUUCAACCUUUGAAGUAGAGAAAAUAAAAUAUUUAAUUAACGAUUAACACAAAAUUUACUUAAAUGAAAUGAACUUAUUAUUUAGUAAAGGAAGGAUCUAUUUAAUUUUGUGUAUUUGAGCAUUGGACAUUUAAAUGUCUCCAUUUCGGAAAAUGUGACAAUAUCUAUGCGGUGUCAUUUGAUAAAAUCCAAUCGUCUCAUAGGCAGUCACACUGAAAGCGAAAAUAUUGACGUGGAGGAGAAAAAAAAUGCACUCUCAAACUAUUUAAUGUUCAACGCUCAAAACACGACACAUGAACGAUUGAAAGAAAAAGAAGUAGAAAAUACUUAUCAGACCAUUUCAUUUCGAUUUCUCUAAUUAUUAUUUUUUUUGUCUUAAUACUAUUUUAUAAAUUAAUACCGACAAGUAAAAUGGAAAUAAGAUCCAAAAAUUUUAAAACAAAUAAAACCAUAUUUUUUUAUCGUU